AGGGGCACACUUGUGGGAAUGCGGCCCUGCCCCUCCCUCUCCUGGGACUCUGUCCUUAGGCUCCAUUUCAGAGAUUUCUAGAAAUGGCGGACCAUGUGACCAUGUUAGUCUGGAUGAAAGCUGGGGAGUAGGUUGUUGAAGCUGAAUCCAGGAUGAACAGGCCCAGACUUGUUAAACUAGAUUUGUAUCCUUUUGGGGUGCUGAAGCAAACGGGAGCCUACUUAGUGAAAAGAACCUAGUCCCAAGUUUCCAUAUCAGAGGACUUGGGAGUCUGAGGGCCAUUUUUUUUUUUUUAGUUUGAGCGCUGACUUGGAGUGAAUGAGACCCUCCCAGGCCUCUAUAUCUGGUGACAUGGACGCCUUGGGGAAGUUUUCUGGGGUUCCUUGAGUUUAAAGAUGCCUGUUCUGUACUGACUUAUGAGAUAAAGCCUCUCUGCCCCCUCGGCUACCCUCUUUAGGCCCCCCUUCUCCCCAUCCCCCACCUCUAGCGUUUCAUAUCCGGGGACUUUGUGGACUCAGCGCCAUUUUGCAAGACUCCUGGAAGGAAGCUGCAUCGCCGCGCCACUUGAGGACAGUGAGUGUAUCCACUGAAGGACAUUAUCAGAGCAGCAGAGAGAGCCACAUAAAGGUUACCAGAGGAGGUGUCCAGCAUUUGUAAGCAGUCUAGGUUACUGGUCUCAGGGAGCUGAAAGAUCUUGUAAAGGGGAGUUUGACUGGAGUCAUCAGAGAGAAGAUCUCAGGAGUGUCAGGACUCAAGAAAUAGGCUCUUGGCUUAAAGAAACUACCCUUGGAUCAUCAGGACAAGCAGUUCAGUUCUUAUUUGUCAAGGCCUGUAUAUCUUUGCUACUGUGAUUGGGACAUUAUUCUGCCUGUUGUUACAGGAAAGUCACAAUGGAUAAUCCCCAUAACAUCCUUCACUGCAACCUUCAAGGCAGUGCUCAGGGCCAAAGGGAAUUAGACAAUGCUCAGGCUCCAAUGGUUAUAGAUGAGGAGGAAGUCACUCUCGCCUCAAGGAAGGUGUGUGGUAGCGGAAUACCAAGUCUUCCCCAGAGUCCUCAGAGAGCUUCCUCUCCCUCUGUGGCACUGGCCUCCAUUCCUGAAGGCCCAUCUGAGGAAGCUUCCACCAACCAAGUAGAAGACCUGGAAGACCCAUUGCGUAUGUUUUACAAUGCACUGAACAUAAAGGUAUAUGACUUGGUGGACUUUCUGCUUUUCAAAUACCAAAUGAAGGCAUUCACUACCAAAGCAGAAAUGCUGGAAAGCAUUGGUAGAGAGUAUGAUCAGUACUUCUCUCUGAUUUUUAGUGAGGCCUCUGAGUGCAUGAAGUUGGUCUUUGGCAUUGACAUGAUAGAAGUGGACCCAUUUGUCCACUCCUAUAUCCUUGUCAUUGCCCUGGGGAUCACCUAUGAUGGGAUGCUGACUGAUGUUCAGGGCAUGCCCAAGACAGGUCUCCUAAUAGUUGUACUGGGUGUCAUUUUCAUGCAGGGAAACUGUGUCAGUGAAGACAUUAUCUGGGAAAUGCUAAAUAACAUAGGGUUGUAUGGUGGAAGGGAUGCUUACAUACAUCAAGACCCCAGGAAGCUCAUCUCUGAGGAGUUUGUCCAGGAAGGGUACCUGGAAUACAGGCAGGUGCCUAAUAGUGAUCCUCAUAGCUAUCAGUUCCUGUGGGGACCAAGGGCCUUUGUUGAAACCACCAAAAUGAAUGUCUUGAAGUUUUUUGCUAGCAUUACUAAGACCGAUCCCAGAGCGUUCACUGAAAAAUAUGCAGAGGCUCUGAGAGAUGAGAUAGAGAGGGCCCAAGCCUGGAUUGCCCAGGAGAUAGCUCUGUAGCACUGACCUGCACAUAGUCUAGUGCACUGGCAGUUCUCAUCCAACAUCAGUUCAGGCUGAGUCAGUGAUCCAAGUAUUGUACCCUCAAUUGAGAGCUGGUGGGAGGGGAGCUUUAAGUAUUCUACUUUUGAGUGACUUUAGGAUUCUCGGUAUUCCAAAGUGUUAAUACUCUUGUUACAAAAUCCAUUAGUUUUUAAGUCUUUUGUAAUGAAUGCAUUGUUAUUGAUCCAUGUUGAAGAAUUUAUUAUUUUGAAAACAAAUGGGAAUGAUUUCUGUCUUAAUUUGUAAAAUGUCACAAGAUACCAGUGGCAUUGAAAUGGGAAUUUCCUGGGCAAUGGGAAAAAUCUGGCAUUAACUUGAAUAAGAAUAAAAUUAAUUUUUGAUGGUCUUACACUGUUUAAUAUUUCAUCGCAGUUAACAAAUUAAAAUGAAAACAAAAAAAUAAUAAAUAAAUGGAACUUCUAACCCAAAA